UGUAAUCCAGCUCAGCGCUUGGAGGAGAGCGCUCGUAUACCAGGACACAGGUAUAACAAGAAAGAUGGAUUUCCUCAUCCAGUAAGAACGUAUUUCUUUCCGCGUAUCACAUGUUGGGAAUAUUAUGUGAUGAGAGGACCGGUUACCGUUUUCUUUAGUUGUUGUGUUUAUGGUGCUGCUUAAGCGGGAAAGAAAGAAGAAGUGACUGAGCAAUAACCGCCGCGUGUGCUCUCAUAUCUGAGCCGGUUGCUGGUGACCCUUUCACGGACUAUCCCAGGAAUUUACCCGGACCGGGAAAAAGUUGUCGUCCGGGAUGUUUCACAUGAACUACUCGAUCCCGCGACGGCUGUGAUGCUGCGCGUGGUCCGCUCGUGGGACUUAAAUCCACCCAUAGAAUCUAUGGAGAGUUUAUAAACUGCACGUUUUCAUUCAUUUUUUUUAUUGUGUGGAUAUAUAUCGUUCCGGGGACGGUCUAUGUUCCCCACUGCGCUUCUUUGAAGAGAGUCAGCUUCAUGGACAAACCUAGGGCGAUGGAGCAUCGCCCGGUGCUGGUCAUCCUACUUGUUUUAUUGGGGUUCUCAACUUUGACAUAUGGAUCUCGUCCCCGACUGGAGGACGCGGCGCCCCGCGUCGUGGAGCACCCGUCCGACCUGAUCGUGUCCAAGGGCGAGCCGGCCACCCUCAACUGCAAGGCGGAGGGCCGGCCGUCGCCCAUGGUGGAGUGGUACAAGGACGGCGAGCGCGUGGAGACGGACCGCGAGGACCCGCGCUCGCACCGCAUGCUGCUGCCCAGCGGCUCGCUCUUCUUCCUGCGCAUCGUGCACGGCCGCCGCAGCAAGCCCGACGAGGGCGUGUACGUGUGCGUGGCGCGCAACUACCUGGGCGAGGCGGUGAGCCGCAACGCCUCGCUGGAGGUGGCAAUUCUGAGAGAAGACUUCCGCCAGACCCCCAGCGACGUGGUGGUCGCGGCGGGUGAGCCGGCCGUCAUGGAGUGCAUCCCCCCCAGAGGCCACCCGGAGCCCACCAUCUCCUGGAAGAGGAACAACGUCCGGGUCAACGACCGCGACGAGAGGAUCACUAUUCGAGGAGGGAAGCUGAUGAUCUCCAACACCAGGAAGAGCGACGCGGGCAUGUACGUUUGCGUCGGCACCAACAUGGUGGGGGAGAAGGACAGCGACCCCGCAGAGCUGGUGGUGUUCGAGCGUCCGGUGUUCACCAAGCAGCCGGUGAACCAGGUGGUGCUGGCUGACGACACGGUGGACUUUUCGUGCGAGGUGUAUGGCGACCCCACCCCCACCGUGCGAUGGAGGAGGGAGGAGGGCGAGCUGCCCCGCGGAAGGUUUGAGAUCCGGGGGGACAACAGCCUGCGUCUGAGCCAGGUGAGGGCGGAGGACGAGGGGACGUACACCUGUGUGUCGGAGAACGCCGUGGGCAAGGCAGAGGUGUCGGGCAUACUGCAAGUGCACGGUAAGACGCGCGAGAAAGAAACAGACUCUGGGGUGUACACCUGUGUGGCUUCCAGCUCCAGCGGAGAGACCAGUUGGAGUGGAGUACUAACAGUCAAAGAGAGCGCCGACCAGUCCGGCUCCCAGAACGCGGAGCCCUUCCAGCUGCCCGGCCCGCCCCACAAGCCCGUGGUGACGGAUGUGACCAAGGCCAGCGUGACCCUCACCUGGCAGCCCAACGCCCACGAGGGCGGGGCCGACGUCACCUCCUACAUCGUGGAGGCCUUCAGCCAAUCAGCUGGCAGCACCUGGCAGACCGUGGCAGACAACGUGAAGAUGGAGACACACACGAUCAUGGGCCUGUUUCCCAACACCAUCUACCUGUUCAUCGUGCGUGCUGUCAACGCCUACGGCCUGAGCGACCCCAGCCCCAUUUCUGAACCUGUCCGCACUCAAGACGUGAGCCCCACGGGUCAGGGCGUGGACCACAAGCAGGUCCAGCGGGAGCUCGGCGAGGUCGACGUCCAACUGAAAGAGCCUGUCUCACUCACCACUGGCGCCAUCCAGAUAUCCUGGACAGUGGACCGCCAGUCCCAGUACGUGCAGGGCUACCGGCUCCUCUACCGGCCCGGCGGCGGCACCUGGGUGCUGCAGGACGUCAACUCGCCGUCGGAGCGCUCCUCGGUGCUCGGGGACCUGCUCAAGGGCACCAAGUACGAGUUCAAGAUCCGACCGUACUUCGACGAGUUCCAGGGCCGGGACAGCCGGGUGCUGUCGCUGCAGACCCCGGAGGAAGCCCCGAGCGCCCCGCCCCGGGCUGUUACCGUGGUGACGGUGAAGCAAGGCAACAGCUCCAGUGUCAGCGUCACCUGGGAGCCCCCUCCCAGUGACAUGCAGAACGGCGUCAUCCAGGACUACAAGGUGUGGUGCCUAGGCGUCCCGACGGACAACCAGACCCGCUACUCCAUCAACAAGACGGUGGAGGGCUCCACCCUGUCCACGGUGCUGAAGGGCCUGGUGCCCGGCGUCGUGUACCAGGUGGAGGUCGCCGCGGUGACCAGCGCCGGGGUCGGCACCCGCAGCCAGCCCGUGUCUGUCUUAAUCAAGCUGCAGUCGGAGCAGGCGGGCGCGGUGGGCAGCGGGGCUAACGGUGCUAACGGCGUUAGCGGUGGCGGCGGCGGCGGCGGCGGCGGUGGAGCAGAAGGCGGCGCCCCCAGCUCCAACGGCGACGGCGGGGAGAGCAGCGUGAGCCUGGCGGAGCAGAUCACCGACGUGGUGAAGCAGCCGGCGUUCAUCGCGGGCAUCGGCGGCGCCUGCUGGGUCAUCCUCAUGGGCUUCAGCGUGUGGAUCUACAUCCGCCGCAAGAAGAGGAAGGAGCUGAGCCACUACACCGCCUCCUUCGCCUACACCCCCGCCGUGGGUUUCCCACAUGGAGACGGAUCAGGGCUCAAUGGAAGGCCUGGCAUGAUGGCCGGGAGCAUGGGGAACUACCCAUGGCUGGCCGACUCCUGGCCCACCACCACCACCAACCUGGUGCACAACAGCAAGGAAGCUGUGGACUGCUGCCCCGCAAAGCACGACGCCACCGACAGAUACUACAACGAGGCCGGCAUCUCCAACUACCUGAGUCAGACGGAGAAGUGCAGCCUGGGCGACUCCACCGAAGGCCCCAUCUACAGCACCAUCGACCCCACUGGGGAGGACCUGGCCAGCUUCCACGGCUACGGGCAGCACGCCACGCCCUACGCCUCCACCUCCCUCACCCCUUACGCCGCCCACAACCCUGAGCUCGGCCCGACCGGACAGCAGCUCCAGCAACAGCUCCUCCAGCCCGAGGAGGGCCACUGGGCCACCCAGCCGGGCCCUUCGGGGGCCCAGUACGCCCUGCCGGACCGCUGCAGUGGCAAGCCCAAGCAGAAGCCCAUGGGCAAGGCAGUGAAGACCCCCUCCCUGUCCUGGACCGAAGUCCUCCCCCCGCCCCCACCGACCGAAGAGCUGGACCACUGUGUCUUGCUGGACCCCCCAGAGCUCCAGGAUAUGGAGAUAGGCUCGGAGGAGGAGGAGGAGGAGGAGGAGGAGGAGUGGUGCCCCCCGCUCCCCGAGAGGACCUACCUGAUGGAGGACGCCUGCUCGCCGGCCACCUCCUACAGCCACCAGUCCACCGCCACGCUCACCCCCUCCCCCCACGAGGAGACGCCAGCCCCCCACCACGCAGCCCACUUCAGCCUGCUGGACGGAGCGCAGCACCCGGCACGGAGGAGGCUACCCUGCGGCCCCGUGCCCAUGCCCCAGGCCCCGGGAGCUCCCCUCACCCAGUCCAACCCCAACCUGAGCGUGGGCCCUUACUGCCAGAGUCCGGCCCACCGCAACCCGCACAGCCCCGGUGGGACCCUGGAGGGCAGCGACAGCAGCCCCGCCACCCCUGUUCACGGACGUGACGUGCACGGCCUCGGCAGCCAAAAGUCCCGUCUGAAGAAGAAGGCUUCCAAGAGCGGACCGUACCGGAGAGACAUACAAGGAGACUUGCCCCCACCGCCGGAGCCACCCCCAGAUGAGGGGGACCGGUUGAAGGGCCUCGGGGCCGGCGAUAGGCCCCCUGGAGCAGCAGUGUCGUCCCUGGAGAAGAGGGAACACAACGGCUUGAACCACCAAAGGAAAGGCUCGGGCCCGCGGCUCACGGACGGCGAGGACCUGGUGGUGUACGGCAGCAAAGCGGCCUACGCGUCCAGGAACCACGUGCCGGGGAGCUGCUCCACCACGGGCAGCUCCUCGUCCCGGGGCUCCUCUGGCUCCCGGGGGCCCCCCUCCUCCUCCUCCACCACCAGGAAGCACAGCGAGGGGGAGAGAGUAGCGUUGGGAGUGCCUCAGUAGGAGUGAGUGAUGAACGACAGAAAUCCAAUAGUUCAGAGCAACCGGCAGGACAUGAGAUAAGGAGUACCUUCAACGCACGCACACACACACGCACACACACACACAUAAACAGACAGAGCUUUUCCCACCAUGGAAGCAAGUGGAAGAAAACAACGAGGGAAAAGAGUCUGAGCUUCUCUGCAGCGUUGUUUUUUUCCAUGGGGACCCAGCCCACUGGCUGUGAAAGAUCAACAGACUUUUCAUCCUAGUUUCAUCUGGUAUUACUCUGAUUAUUUAUGGCCUAAUCCGGAUUUGCUCCUUUAUUUGUAAAUAUUCAUCCAUGUACUGUUCGUUUGUGAGUUCUCGAUACAAGGGGAGGGGGGGGAAAGACGUAUAUUGUAUUUAUAAGCAUCAAGAACACAAAUGUAAAAUAAUGGUUCCUUAUUAUUAUUAUUAUUAUUGUUACUAUGAAAGAAAUAUCAUGUCGUCUUGAAUGUGCCAACUGCUCUCUCUCUCUCUCUCUCUCUUGCUCUCCCCCCCCUUCUCCCUUUUUUGUUUUAGAUUAUUUUUAUUCAAAAUGUAUACGCUGAGAAAGAGAGCGGCCAGCGGCCCUCUCUCUGUUGUCAUGGCGAAGCAACAGAAAACCUGAAGCACAAAGUGUGUUUGUUUGUU